UUCUGCCAGUGUAUUGGUUAAUGUGCGUGUGGUGUCAGUGUAUGUGGUUCUUUAAGUAAAAAAUAUAUCGGAGUUUGUAAAAACUUUUAAGCAACAACUUCCGCCUGCCUUGUGUUUUUAUAUCAUUUAUUUUAAAAGGGGUAAUAUAGCGGCCAGCAGCGAACCGCAUCGGCACCGCAGUACUAAGCCCUUUCCUAUUUGCAGGCAAAAAGUGCAGCAAAUGUCCGUGGAUCAGAUGAAAAUACCAGGAAACACAGCUAAAUCGGUCGAGGAGCGCAAUAUACCAUGGAGCCAGCAAGUCGAUGAGGCCUCUUACGAAAAUCUAUCCUCUCCCACUCACGAUGAAGUCGUCUCUGUCAAUGAAAACUUCAUGCAAUUCCAAUAUCCGCCGUUUAACUUUAAGGAGAAUUGCAACACUCCAUGGAAUAAUAUGAACAAGGGCCGAAAAGCGAACGCCAACCAUGAUUCAUAUAAAAGACAUGGACAUAGUAUUCCCAACAACACACGACGCGAAGAGCACCAAGUAAAUCCGUGGAAUUCCAGAAAACCAGCAGCACAGUCGAUUCGAAAUGAGAACGACCACCCAAAGCUGGACAACAGAACAAGCGAUGAAGCACAAAAUCACGAAGUUGUCGCCGCUCCCAAGAAGACAACCUGGGCCUCAAUUGCCUCCCAGCCGGCUAAACUAACAUCCAGAGCAGCGUCCACCACUUCCAAUAAUAAGAAAAAGGGUCCCGGCAUGCCGCCACCACCAAUGGUUCCAGGAAAGCACAAUCUAGAUGUCAACGUAUGGGACUUGCCGAACAAUAAACCUCCUCCCGUACCUUCUCCUCCCUCGCCAAUCGACUUGGGCUAUUCCGACUUGAGCUCUGACUUUUCCAUAUCGCACGGCAACACAGCAGCAGCCGCGGCAGCAGCAGCAGCACCGCCAUUGGGCGCCACACGAACCGAGAAGGUUCACAAGGACACGGAGAACUUCCAGAAGUACGAACACAAGGGACUGGGCAGCAACAAUAAUUUCAACAGGCCCAAAAUCUCGCCCACGGGCCCCGUGCGCAGGAAUCUGGGACCCCAGCAGCAGCCACCAGUCCAGCACCAUGCAGCCCCUCGUCCAGCGACCAAUGCAGGUCCACCAUUUGGCCCGCCAUCCAACAAUAGGAGGCACGAGGGUGUGCCACAUCCAAACAGCCGCAACCCAGAGCGAAACUACAACAGUUUCCGCAGCAGCGAAUUUGAGAAUGCAUCAUCUAAGUUCGGGGAGUACCGGGAUGAGAACCAAUCACGACCGGUGGAAGCCACCACAUCUGUGACCGAGGAGGUGCCUGUCGAUCCGCAGCUUCUGUUGGACGAAUUAAAAGACAAAAACAAUUACAACCCCAAGGUGGUGGACUUGAACAAGGCCACGGCAGCCAGGUUCUUUGUCAUCAAAUCGUAUUCCGAGGAUGAUAUCCACCGCAGUAUAAAGUACGAAAUUUGGUGCUCGACCGACCACGGCAACAAGCGGCUGGACGACGCCUUCAAGGAGCGCCACAAAGAGGGCGGCAACAUCAUGCUGUUCUUCUCGGUGAACGGUUCGGGUCACUUUUGCGGAAUGGCACAAAUGAUGACGGCCGUGGACUACAACUCAACGUCGAGCGUCUGGUCGCAGGACAAGUGGAGGGGCAAGUUCAAGGUGAAAUGGAUUUAUGUGAAGGAUGUGCCCAAUGGCAAGCUGCGCCACAUUCGACUGGAGAACAAUGACAAUAAGUCGGUGACGAACUCGCGCGACACCCAGGAAGUGCCCAACGACAAGGGCAUCGAGGUGCUGCAGAUCUUGCACUCGUACAACCACUCAACGUCCAUCUUCGAUGACUUCUUCCACUACGAAAAGAAGCAGGAGGAGGAGGUAUCCUCCAAGCGUCCGCCGGCCAUGCACCUGCCCGAUGGCAACAACCAGCAGGUGCCGGCCCCCCUUGCCCGCAGUUUCAACCGCCAGGCGGACGACAAGGACAGGGAUCGGGAUGUCCGUGAUGUCCGCGGCGGUGGCAUGUCACAAAAUAAGCACUUUAAUGCUGGAGGAGGAGCCGGUUUCCGUAAUCCAGGUCACAGGGGCGGCGGCCCCGGGUCGCACAGCAACUACAGCGAGUAUCGUCGGGGCGGCGACUAUCAGUUCAAGGACCGAGACGGCCCGGACUUUGACAGAGAAAAUGACUUUGGAUCGCACUACGGAUCCAAUAACCGAAAAAAUGAAUAUCAACAGAACAAUGCGAACAACAAGGCCAGGUUAAAAACCCCCCGUGAUCGUGAUUUCAGUACUGAACAAAUUAAAAUCGGCGUGCGCUUUAAGGACACCGACAAGGAUAAAAUGCGAAGCAAUGAAUAUUCAUAAACUUACUGAGCUGCGGUAGAAUUCGUUUUUUAAAUGAUAUUGAAUGGACUCCCACAAUCCGUUGAAUUGCUUAGAGACGUUAAAUUAUAAUUUUUAGAUUUUUUAACCAUUGCGUGUACAAGAUAAAAUCCCGAUUCAUGAAGAACAUAUAAAUCAAAUCGAGCAUGUGGGAACUAGGAUUAAUGAUUAAAAUAUGAUAACAUUUUUACGUAAUUAUUUAUUACAAUAUUUAUAUAAAUCUAUUGACGCUCACAUUGAACAGUUCAUAAACAAAUUAAUGAUCGAUUUUGCCGAUAUAUACAACAUUUAUAAACACCAAGGAGUCUGCUUCAGCCAUUCCUUGUAGUUGCACUGUAACAAUUUAUACAACUUAUUUGAAUCUAAAGUGUACACGACUUAUGUAUGUAUAAUAUAAUUAAAGUAACCAAUCCAUCAUUUACUCAUUGACUAAA